AUGCUCAAGAGAAAAAAAGCAGUGUAUGUCAGAGUUGGGGCAGUGGGAAGAGGUGCUGCUGUCACACCUGCGGCCCACGGAUCGAAUCCUGGAGUGAUGUCCCUUCAUACCACGCAGGCCUUCCUGUCUUAUUCGUCUCCUCGUCCUUCUCGUCUCCGUCGUAAGGACUUUAUGUUCGGUUCGCUUCGCUCUUUCAUCAUCAGUCAGUUCGGUAUCCACAUUCAUUAUGCGUAUACAGAUCACUCACUGAGUUACAUGGCAUUAUGGAGGUUUCUCAAGAGGUUCGAGCACAAAUCCCCCGUUAUAAGUGCACCUCGCUAUAGGCAUGGUUUGUACAGUAAUAUUCGUGCUGAUUCCGCACAACCCUCUAGUCGGUAUCUUUUUUCAGAACAUCAUGCCGAAAUUAUAUCGGAAAUCAACCGCUGCUAUCGGAAUAACAGCUCUUCAACUUCAACGGAAGUAGUAAGCCGGCUUAAGACCAGGGGUAUCUUUGUGAGCUGUGCCACCGUUAGGAGGAUUCGAAAUCACCUCGGUUUCAAGAAAGCCACCACAAAAUACUGCCAUGCAAUAAGGGAUGAAAAUAAGUUCGCUAGGGCCAACUUUUUCAUGGAAAUGCUUGAGGCGGGGACCACCUUUUCCAGCUGGGUGUUCACUGAUGAGUGCACGGUCCAGGUUGACUGCUCAACGAGGUUUUGCUUCGUGAAAUCUGGAGACCAGAUCUCCAGAUUGCGACAUCGGGCAAAGCACCCAGCCAAGGUUCCAUAUCUGGGGUGGGAUUUCUACGCGGGGGCUACUAAGCUUGCUAUACUGCCGGGAGACCGCAAAAUAGAUAGCGAGCUAUACUGUAGAAUCCUAGAAAGUGCUACUUGCCUUUCAAGGAGCAGGUGUACAACGUUGAUCAUUCUGACUUUAGGCUUUUGUGAGUUGGUGCAAGACAAUGCACCUCCCCAUAAGAGUCGCUUCACGAUUGAUAAAUUGACUGAAUGGGGUAUCGAAACGGUACCGUGGCCAGCGGAAUCGCCUGACCUCAACCCCAUAGAGCUUGUAUGGGGCAAUAUGAAGACCUACGUCAGGAAGCAGGGCGUGCGGAAACUCGAUGACUUGAAGGCUGCCAUUUUAAACUUCUGGAAAACCCUAACCCCUGACGUCUGCAGCAAAUACGUUAGUGGCAUAAGGGGCAAGAUGAGGCGGGUGGUGCAGCAAAGGGGAAGAAAUAUUGUGGAAGCAAAACACUGGGAGACGGGUGCAGGUUUUAGCACUGCACAAAGGAAUGACGAGGAGGCAAUAGAAGAUGACCCAGAUAGUGAAAUUUGCAGUAGUGUGUUUACGGUUGGAUCCGAAUACAUUUUCACGCAAACCAUGAAGAAAAGUGGCUCGUAUGCCAGUUCGGCCGUUCUUGGCAACACAUCUCAUCAACCUCCUAGUUGA